AUGCGCUACGUGCUGUGUAUCCUCGCUCUCCUGCUCUCAUGUGCGUGUGUGCACGUCCUCGCUGAAGAAGUGCCUGCCGCCGAUCUUUCCGACCAAGUCCCUGAUACGGAGAGUGAGACAAAGAUUAAUUGUCCUGCUGCUGGUGCUUCUGAGCCUGGUUGUUCUGGUGGAAGUAGUGGUCAUACUUCUGGUCCUCUUCUUACUUCUGAGCCUAGUACUCUUAAUGCUUCGCUUCAGAAUGGGAGAAAAGAGGGUGGUGAGGAUGGUAUUCCUGUUCCUCAAGCUAUGGGUGUUGCUGGGGGUUUGAGUGUUCAAGAAACUUCACAUCUUGCUGGUCAAAGAGAAACUGAACACCAACAACGUGCUGCUGCUUCAACUACAAGACCCAAUUCUGCUGACAGUCUAACAGUGCAGGGUCCCAAUCACGAUAGAGGGCAGACUCAAGAGCAAACACAUCAGGGUGGAGGGAAUGCUUUAUCACCAACAAAAGAAGUACAACCUUCUCUACACAAUGGAAAAGCAGAAGAGAAAUCACAAGAGAAUUCAGAGGAGCAGCACAACCUGCAAUCUACCGGUAGUCGCAAUGGAAUCCCUGAAGGUCAUCAGAUUUCUCGUACUCAGGUGCAGGAAACAUCGUCUGCAGGAACACAAGAUGCCAACGAAAAUAAGAAUAAUGCAGACAACCGCAGUGUAUCAAGUGGGAGUACAACUACGAAUGAUACUGCACCAACACAAUCUUCUUCACCAACAUCUACUGAAGCCAAUGCUACACCUUCACCACAGGAAACUGAGGGGAAUAAUGAAUCUGGUAAUACCAACGCUGACAGCGGCACUGCACCUGAAGGGAGUGGGUCAUCAAACAACCAAAAUGAGGGAGAAAAUACAGAUACCACCACCACCACCACCUCAACCACGACCACCACCACAACAUCAACACUUCCUCCUGAACUGACAAACAACAAGAAGGGUGAUGCAGACAGCAGCAGCAGUAUCAGCAGUUCUGUGUGGGUGCGUGUACCACUACUGAUUGUGGUUACACUGGCCUGUAUUCUUGUGUGUUGA